GAGCACCUAAGACAGGUUAGCGGAACGAUGCGUUUAAACAGUUCGCAACAGCGCAGUGUUGACUGUGAUGAAGAAAAACAAGGCAACCCAAAAGUUUAGUUUAGUCAGAAGGCAGUUAUAACAGGAGGCAUCUGCGGAGGUCAUGUUCUGAGUCCGAGGCGCGGAGCAGACGGAGCGGGAUGAAGUCGCUGAUGCGGAGCGCCAGGCGCUUCUGCUGCUGUGGAGUCGGGUUUCUCACGGUGGUGUGGCUCGCACAGGUCCUGCAGCUGACAGAGAUCAAGUCUUCGUGGCCAGAAACAGACUUUCCCAGACGCAGGGUCCUGCAGUAUGGAGUCGAAAAUCAAACAAUUGACACUCCCAGAGCAGCAAUUCAUGAGUUCCCUGAGGACAUCUUCACCAAAGAGCAGCGCAAGAGAGGAGCCGUACUACUGCAUGUGCUCUGUGUUGUCUAUAUGUUCUACGCACUGGCUAUUGUUUGCGAUGAUUAUUUUGUCCCGUCGCUGGAGAAGAUCUCAGAGAAUCUGCAGCUGAGUGAGGAUGUGGCCGGGGCAACUUUCAUGGCUGCAGGAAGUUCAGCUCCAGAAUUAUUUACUUCCUUAAUUGGUGUGUUCAUCACGAAGGGAGAUGUCGGCGUUGGCACCAUUGUUGGGUCGGCUGUCUUCAACAUACUGGUCAUCAUUGGAGUGUGUGGCAUCUUUGCCCGUCAGUGUACUUAUUGCAUUCGUGCUGUAUUGCAAAUCACUGUUUCUGCUGUUGGGGUGGGAUAUUGGUUUAACAGUCAGAUCGCCAGCUUUGUCCAGAGAUCAUGUGGCAGUCCGGGCCAAUGUUGUGUCAGGAGACAAAUGUCCAGAGAUAAAGAGGCUGAUGAAGCGGGAACAAACGGCAACACCUCCGUAGUGCUGCUGAGGAAAGCAGGUUCAGGACAGGAGUCUCCAGUGGUGAUGGUGGAUGAGCUGCUCAUCUUGAGGCCACACCAGCUCUCAUUCCCAGAGGCUGGACUGCGUCUCAUGAUCACACCGCAUUUCUCUCCACGCACCCGUCUCACUAUGGCCGGACGCAUGCUCAUCAGUGAGAGACAGAGACUGCUCCGGGAGGAUAAGAUGAGCAGGACCUCAGUGAAGACAUUCGGCUCUAGAGGGAUAGUAAACGGAGGAAGUCUUGAAGCACAGCAGACACCUGAGGACACACAAACGACGGAUGGUAAGAAAGGAGUGAAGGUGGAGGUGGAAAACUCUCAGCCUGAAGAAGAGGAUGAGGACGGGGACGGGGACGAAAUGUUCAAACCUCUCCAUUUUCCUGCGCGUCUGAAGUGGCUUGUGUCCUGGCCGCUGGCUGUUCUGCUGUAUUACACAGUGCCUAACUGUGUUUUGCCGCGUUGGCAUCGCUGGUUCAUGGUCACCUUCAUUGCUUCAACUAUUUGGAUUGCUAUUUUUUCCUACCUCAUGGUGUGGAUGGUCACCAUCAUCAGCUACACACUUGGUAUUCCUGAUUACAUCAUGGGAAUCACUUUCCUGGCUGCUGGCACUAGUGUACCCGACUGCAUGGCGAGCCUCAUCGUCGCCCGCCAAGGAAUGGGGGACAUGGCAGUGUCGAACUCCAUAGGCAGCAAUAUCUUUGACAUCCUGUUGGGACUGGGCUUCCCCUGGGCUCUGAGGACGCUAGUAGUAGAUCAUGGAUCAGCAGUAUUCAUCAAUAAUAAAGGCCUGGUCUAUUCUGUCAUCCUGCUGCUUGCAUCAGUCUUCCUCACGGUCCUGAGUGUGCAUCUGAAUGGCUGGAAGCUGGAUCGGAGACUAGGUCUUGGUCUCAUGCUUCUUUACUCCAUCUUUCUGCUCUGCUCCAUCCUCUUCGGUCAGCUCUAGAGGUGUCACUCUUCGGUGCGUUCUUGUUUUGGUUUCAUUAUUAUAGUGCUUUUACUGUAGAUCAGGUACUAAAUCUUGGCUGAUUUCAUGCCUGCGUACAGUGUAGCAGCAAGAGGAAAUUUUGUGCUCUACAGCAGCAACCUCAGAAUGGUUUUCAGGAUCCAGUCAGUCCAUUGUUCUGUCCACAGCAAGAAUG